AAUCGUUACUGGGCGUUUCUGAACUAAAAAAGAAAAAGAAAACAAUAUAAUGUGCUUCAGAAUUUUACAUUCACCACUUACCCAGGGAAACUUUUGAGUGACUCAUCCCAUAUCUAAGCAACAUGAAUAUGCGGAGAAUUUUAGGACUUUUGUUUGCGCUUUCCUCUUUUUGUGCAGGAGAGGAACUAAAGUGUUCCGGCUACCGCUGUGACGAACUACUGGCAAAAAUAGAUAAACUGGAAUGUAGACUGGAAUAUACUAGGGAGCUGUUGGAGGAUAAAGAGGAUAAAGAGAAGACGCGAGCUUAUCCCGUUUCGACUCCAGCCUGUGUGCAAUGCCCAGAUACAUGGAUGCAAUACCAGGGAUCUUGCUACCUCUUUGUGGAUGCGAAAAGAAAUUUUAGCGGGGCCGAUUCACAUUGCCUUGGACUCGGUGCUUAUUUAGUACAUAUCGAAAGUAGUUUGGAAAACGAAUUCCUAAAGAACCACCUGCGAACGUUAAAAGAGUAUAAAAGCUACUGGAUAGGGCUAACAGACGCUGCCACAGAAGGAAUACAUAGAUGGAUUUACGACAAUUCUACCACAUCAUUCACAGACUGGCAUCCAAGACAGCCUGACAAUAACGGAGGAAACGAAAAUUGUGUGCAUAUGUACAAUUAUAAAUGGAAUGAUUCUCCUUGCAACCAAUCCCUUAACUCGAUCUGCGAAAGGAAAACAAACCCAUAAUGCUUGAAGCUAAGCAGGAAUGAUAUAAUUGUUUCAUAAUAUUGUAACCAUAUCUAAUACGAGAUUUCCUAUUUGGCUUAUUGAUAAUGUAAUAUUCCUAUGGCUCGAACGUAACUACUGCCAAAUAUAUUUUUUCAAAAUGACUCAAAAACUCAAGUACAUUAAUAUAUCAGCUGUCAUUAGAUUAUAUCUGAUGAAUUGUUUUAGACAUGUCCCUCGAUAAUGUUUUUUUUAAAAGUUCUAUUUAUUGACUCUUUACUGUAAUAUAUGAAGUAUCUUUCAACUUCUCGCAAUUUAUUAACACAGUUUUAUUUUCUUAAAAAGAACUGCAUCUAUUUUCUUUUCUGUCUGUAUAAAAUAAAACUGAUGUAACGUUUUGUGUUCGUCUCAAUAUUUGAAAAAAAAGUCGCAGUUUAAGCAGAAUAUUGUUAGGCCAUCCAACUGAUCUAAACACGAUUAGUAACCUGAAACUUGUACAUGUAUAUUUUUGAUCACAUAGAACCAGAAGUUACAUCAACAAUAUCGACGCGCGUAUUUUAUGUCAGACCUAAAACACGGUAUUAAUCGAUAGCCCUACCUGUUCUUGAUCAAUCUAUACCGGUGAUCCGCUUGGAAUACGUUUAUUUAGAAAGAUAUGCGAGAAAUACUUCGCUUAUAUCGGUCUUUCGCUCCGCGACAUUUGUUUACUUCCGGUUGCUCCGGUGUCACUGUACGUUUUACGUAACGUCAUUUUCGAUUGGAUAGUAGCUAUCUCCACGCACGUCACGUACCGUUGUCGUAUGCGGAGCUGUGCUAAAACUAUAAAAAGCCUGUUUUUCGGCUUCUCAUUUGUCAAUCUUUCCUCCACCCUGAAGACAGUAUCCCCUAUGUAAAAUGCAUAAAUAUCGGCUCCACAAAUAUUAAUUAUCCUGACAUAAGCAUACUGUUUAAGAGUCAUAGAACAGUAACUUCUGGAGAUAUGUGGAAUUUAUGAAUACUUUGUAAACUACUGAAUAUAUUAUACUGGAACUGCUAGAACUUUAUAUCUGAAUAAAAGAUGUGUGACUGAA